AUGAUGCGCCCACGGCCCGCGUCUUCCAUGCAGAAGACAUACGAUGAGUGCUAUCUUCUAUGCUCGACUGCCGUCUACUUUGAGGGCCAGAACAACGAAGAGGAAGCAUUGAGAUCCUGGAGAUCCGCCCUCGAGACCAUCUACCAUCACAAUGCCCGCCGGGUAUCAUCAACCUACACUCCUAAAUCCGAAACCGAAAAGGCAUUGCAAGAUUCCAUCCGAGCCUUGGAGACUCAAUGCCGCGAGCGAGUCGACCUACUGUCCGCACUGCGCGAAAGCCGGAAAGAGUCGUCUGAGGCAAACGGCGGUGACAACAAGGCUGCGACUUUGACCAAGGGCAAGCACGCCCCUAUUUUCCCCCAACCAUCCCCCGUCAACAGCACCCCGGGCUACAUCGGAGGUGGCACGAUUCCAGCUGUAGGCUACACCGAUCUCUCCAAACCGGCCGCCAUACCUGGCCGACCUCCACCACCGCCGAAGCAUUACUUCGAGUCGGUUUCCUACUUUGAUGACCACGCGCCAACGGGCUCAUCACCAGUCAGCUCGCCUGCCAUGCGAAUUAACUCGAAUGUGUCGGAGAAGGAGAAGUCGCGUGCCUCUAGUCCGGAGCGACGGAAACCGAUGCUUACGACUCUGCGCAACACUGACGGGAAGAAAUCCGGCAAGAAAGCCAAAGCGAGCACUAAAAAGAAAGAUUCGCGGCCGGUUGCUUCCACAGCGGCGGGCCUGGCUUGGGGUAGCACUUUCCGAUCCGGGUCGGGUGAGAAGAGUGUCAGCGAUGCGGCCGCUAUAGCGUCGUCACGGAGCGCCGCUCAUGCGGAGCCAAGGACUAGUUCUGGGGAUGAUCCAUUGGUGACUAGGCAUCAGAUCUCGAGGAGAGAUUCGGCUACAGAUAGAAUCCCCGCUGCACACUGGCGGGAGCCUCAGCAGCCGUCACCAAGCCGGUCAUCCCCGAGGCCUACAGCACACCUGCCUGUACGACAGCCUAUGGCUCCGGAUGGUCGUAGACCGCUUCCGUCGGUAUCAGUGGCUAUGCCAGAACCCAGAGACUUUACAUCUCCGCCGUCUCCCGGGCCCAAACCCUCUAUCAAACCUAAACCAGCGGGUCUCAGAUCUUCACUUCAGCCGCCACCUCGCGCUACCCCCUCUGCUUCCAGAUCGGAGGGCAGUUCUCGGCCGACAACACCCCGUCAAGAUCGAGAUAUAAAUGUGUCGAGAAACACACCGCGGACGAAAUCUGCGCCACGGGUCGCUAAAUCCGAACAACCUGCUUAUAUACCACCCUCAUCAAGCAGUGAGAAUGUUCAGCGCGAGUCCAAUUCUAUGUCCAGUUCAGCGAAUGGUGGUGGUGCAACACGACGGAAACAGCCUCCAAUUACGCGACGAGAGACUCCACCUUCGAGCGACCAGGAUUCUUCGGGACAUCGUUCUACGGAGGACGACGCAGAGGACGAGGAUGAAGUCGACAAUGAUGAUCUUGUCAAAAUUUUGAAUAAGCUACCCAAGGGCGUGGAUCUACAAUCGGCUCGACAGAUUCUCAAUGAAAUUGUGGUUCGUGGUGAUGAAGUUCACUGGGAGGACAUUGCUGGACUGGAUCUAGCGAAAAAGGCGCUCAAGGAAGCAGUGGUAUAUCCAUUCCUUCGGCCUGAUCUUUUCUCGGGUUUGCGUGAGCCUGCACGAGGCAUGUUACUAUUUGGACCACCAGGUACUGGUAAAACAAUGCUUGCUCGAUCAGUUGCCACCGAGUCCAAAUCAACUUUCUUUUCUGUAUCCGCGUCCAGUCUAACCUCGAAAUGGCAUGGAGAGAGCGAGAAACUCGUACGCGCCUUAUUCGGACUGGCCAAAGUUCUCGCCCCAUCGAUCAUUUUUGUCGAUGAAAUUGACUCCUUACUGUCCGCACGGUCCUCCGGGUCUGAGAACGAAGCGUCUCGUCGAUCUAAGACCGAAUUUUUGAUCCAAUGGUCAGACCUUCAGCGUGCCGCUGCUGGUCGCGAAUUGUCCGCCCGAGAUAAGAAAGAGGGUGACGCUAGUCGUGUCCUCGUCUUGGCUGCGACCAAUAUGCCGUGGGACAUUGAUGAGGCAGCUCGUCGCCGUUUUGUUCGUCGACAGUAUAUCCCCUUACCAGAGCAUCAUGUUCGUGAGCAGCAGUUGCGUACCCUUAUCAGCCAUCAGCACCACGAGCUGAGCGAUGCAGAUAUCGAGGUACUAGUGCAUGUGACAGACGGAUUCUCCGGCUCGGAUCUAACAGCCCUGGCUAAAGAUGCCGCCAUGGGCCCCCUCCGUAACCUCGGCGAAGCUCUCCUCCACACACCCAUGGAUCAGAUCCGGCCAAUUAAGUUCCAGGAUUUUGAAUCAAGUCUGUUCUCCAUUCGACCGAGUGUCUCUCAAGACGGACUCCGCAAAUAUGAAGAUUGGGCCAAGGAGUUUGGCGAAAGAGGCGGUUAG